CACUUCCGGGUUAAAACCAAACCUGACCUCCCCUGACGCAACUCUGACACAACUCACAUGUGUCAAAUUCAACAAGCCGGUAUAUAAUUACAGAAGUUAUUGAUUAAAUCGUGUCAGUGCACCAGGUAGUUGUUUCUUUUUACUUAAAAAAUGGCCGAUUCACCAGCAACUGCCGAUCAAUCCGGGGCAGGGGAAGGUGCUUUGCCCAAAGUGAAAAGUGAGAAGGAACUGGCAAAGGAGCAAAAGAAGGCAGAAAAGUUGGCUAAGUUCGAGGAAAAAAAGAAGAAGAAAGCUGAGGAGGAAGCACAGAAGAAAGCAAAGGAAGCAGAUGGUGAAAGUAAGAAAAAGAAACCUGAGCCAAAAGAAAAAGCUGUUGUAAAGUAUGAGAGUAAUACACCUGAUGGAGAGAAGAAAGACACAUCAUGCCCAAUGCCUGAGGCCUACAGUCCUUCCUACGUGGAAGCUGCCUGGUACAAGUGGUGGGUCAAGCAGCAGUUCUUCAAACCUGAAUAUAAUGAUCCCGCAAUGGACACGGAGAAGAGAGGCCUGUUUAUGAUGGUGAUCCCUCCACCAAAUGUCACGGGAUCCUUGCAUCUGGGGCAUGCACUGACCAACGCUGUAGAGGACUGCCUAACAAGAUGGCACAGAAUGAAUGGUAAGGUUACUCUAUGGGUACCUGGAUGUGAUCACGCAGGCAUAGCAACACAGGUCGUAGUGGAGAAGAAAGUCUGGCGAGAACAGAAGAAAACCAGACAUGAUUUGGGCAGAGAAAAUUUCGUUGAUGAAAUAUGGAAAUGGAAAAGAGAGAAGGGCGACCGAAUCUAUGAACAGCUGGAAAAGCUUGGCGGUUCCUAUGACUGGGACAGGAAGUGUUUCACAAUGGAUGAGAAACUGAGCACAGCAGUAACAGAGGCGUUCAUACAGUUGCAUGAGAGGGGUCUUAUAUACCGCAGUGUGCGACUGGUCAACUGGUCGUGUACCCUGAACUCUGCCAUAUCAGACAUCGAGGUCGACAAAGAGGAACUGGAGGGGAAAACCAUGAUUGCUGUACCAGGGUACAAGGACAAAGUAGAGUUUGGGGUGCUCAUCUCAUUUGCCUACAAAGUCGAGGGCUCCGAUGAUGAGAUCGUUGUGGCCACAACUCGUAUUGAGACAAUGCUUGGAGACACUGCUGUGGCUGUACAUCCAGAUGAUGAUAGAUACAUGAAGUAUCAUGGGAAAUACGUAAAACAUCCCUUUGUUGAUCGACGGUUGCCGAUUGUGUGUGAUUCCUUUGUGGAGAGAGCAUUUGGAACUGGUGCAGUGAAGAUCACCCCGGCCCAUGAUCACAACGACUAUGAGGUCGGACUGAGACACAAGCUGCCCUUCCUCACCGUCAUUGAUGACAAGGGAAACAUGACCGGAGAUUGUGGCGUAUUUUCUGGAAUGAAGCGAUUUGAUGCAAGGAGGGCCGUACUUAAGGCCCUUGAAGAGAAAGGUUUACUGCGUGGGAAGCUGGAUAAUCCCAUGGUGGUCCCUAUAUGCAGUCGUAGCAAGGACGUGAUAGAGCCGUUGUUAAAACCUCAAUGGUACGUGGAUACUAAGGACAUGUCUGCAGACGCUGUCAAGGUUGUGCAGGACAAGGAAUUAAAGAUCAUUCCUGAAUCCCACGAGAAGACCUGGUUUAACUGGCUGGAGAACUGCAGAGACUGGUGUAUAUCCCGACAGCUGUGGUGGGGUCAUCGUAUCCCAGCAUACUUUGUUACUGUGGAUGACCCGAGCGUUCCACAGGGGUCUGAUAUUGACGGGGAGUACUGGAUCGUUGGCAAGAAUGAAGAAGAGGCUAAAGAAAAAGCUGCAAAGAAGUUUAAGGUUCCGAAAGAAAAGAUCACUCUUCGUCAAGACCCAGAUGUGCUGGAUACAUGGUUCUCGUCAGCGUUGUUUCCAUGCUCAGUAUUAGGUUGGCCAAACAAGACUCCUGAUCUUGAGAAGUUCUACCCGGGCACCCUGCUGGAGACUGGACACGACAUCCUGUUCUUCUGGGUGGCAAGGAUGGUGAUGUUUGGGCGUACACUGAUGGGGAAACUGCCUUUCACGGAGGUAUUCUUGCACGCCAUGAUCCGUGACGCCCACGGGCGGAAGAUGAGCAAGUCACUGGGCAACGUAGUGGAUCCACUGGACGUAAUCCAAGGCAUCACACUGGAGGAUCUCCACAAACGUCUCGAGGAGGGGAACCUGGAUGAGAAGGAGUACAAGACAGCGAGGGAGGGUCAGAAACAGGACUACCCGAAUGGGAUACCAGAGUGUGGCACAGACGCUCUACGAUUUGCUCUGAUUGCAUACACCUCACAAGGUCGAGACAUCAAUCUGAACGUGCUGCGUGUACAGGGUUACCGGUUCUUCUGCAACAAGCUCUGGAAUGCCACACGGUUUGCGCUCAUCGCCCUGGGCCCUGAUUUCAAACCAAAGCCAUCUGCUCAGCUGACUGGAUCUGAAAAUGAGAUGGAACUAUGGAUCCUCAGUCGACUGUCAUAUGCCGUAGAGAAGUGCAAGGAAGGGUUCGAGAACUACGAUUUUCCACUCGCAACCAAUGCACUCUACAACUUCUGGUUGUACGAACUCUGCAACUGGUACUUGGAGAACAUCAAGCCGACAAUAUACGGAACUGACGAGAAGGCCAAGGUAGUGUGUCAAGACGUGCUGUACACGUGUCUAGAUACAGGCCUGCGUCUGCUGCACCCUUUCAUGCCAUUUGUGACUGAAGAGCUCUUCCAGAGGUUGCCAAGGAGAUCUGCAUCAGAACCCCCCAGCAUCUGCGUGACCCCGUAUCCAUUAACAAAAGACUUUACCUGGCACAAUCCUGAUCUUGAGCAGGAAGUAGAUUUUGUGCAGAACAUAGUAAAGUCUGUCCGCUCUGUACGUGGGGACUACAACAUCACCAAUAAGAUGAAGCCAGACUUGUUCAUUCGCUGUUCUGACGAGGAGACAGCGAAACUAGUGCAAAAACACACAGACACCAUCAAGGUCAUUACUCUGGCCGCAGACGUUAGGGUCCUCACAGGGGAGACGCCACCGGCAGGCUGUGCUGUACAGACUGUGUCUGCAAAGUGUGAAACACACUUCAUGAUUAAGGACUUCAUUGACAUACAGAAUGAGAUUGGCAAGUUGACGAGCAAGAAAGACCGUCUCCAGGGGCAACUGAAGAAGAUCCAGGACUCGAUGGCUCGAGACGAUUACCUGACCAAGGUGCCAGAGGGCAUCCAACAGGAAAACAAUACCAAGCAAGCUGAGUUGAAUGAAGAGAUAGAGAAGUUGACUGCAGCCAUGAAUAUGUUGUCAUCUAUACAAUAACAUUCACGUUGUUAGAGAGAGAAGUUGACUGCAGCCAUGAACAUGUUUUCAUCUAUACAAUAACUUUCACGUUGUAAGUUUGCUGCAGCCAUGAGCAUGUUGUCAUCAAUACAAUACGGUAUCAUUCGAGUUGUUAGUAGACUGCAGCCAUGAACAUUUUGUCAUCAAUACAAUAAUUUUGACGCUGGUAGAGACCACCCAUAUCUGUCUGAUUGUGAAGAAAAUGUGUUGUUUUUGGAAUGAGGUUAUUUUACUGACAUUAUUGAUAUUAUUUUGAAUAAACAUAUUGUAAGGUUUUCUUGUGAAAGAAUAUGUUUGAAUACAUCACUUUUAUGAUUUUUGCAGAAAAAUGUUCACGACUAUUUAUUUACACCCUCAAAGAUCGGUAAGAUGCGUCUAAAUAAAUAUAUAAUCAUGUAUGAAA